UGAACCGGAAUUCCGUCAUCAGAACCCGACUAACGUUCAUUGUUUUCGAGGGAGUAGUAAAAAGCUUUUCGACCCCCCUGCUAGAAAACAGUUUUUUUUAUUUUUAUUAAGCAUUUUGUGAACUAACGAAAUACUUUUAUUAAAACUAAUAACCUGAUAAAAGAAAGAAAGAAAUGAAUAGUCGCCUACAGGAGAUACGGGAAAAGCAGAAGCUGCGACGCCAGCUUCUAGCUCAACAGUUGGGAGCAGAGAGUGCGGACAGUAUAGGCGCCGUUCUGAACAGCAAAGACGAACUGAAAGAGAUUGAGGAGACCAGAGAAACAUGCAGGGCAUCGUUCGAUACUGCCGGGCCGAGCGCCAAGAGGAAGCCUCUGGUGGAGGGAGGCGACACAGAGGAGGUUGAGGAGCAGAAGGAAGAGUUGGAGUUGCAGCUGCCAGAUGACAGUAACCCUUAUGAAGAGGUCUACAAGGACUCUACCACCUUCCUCAAGGGAACCCAGAGUCUGAACCCCCAUAAUGACUACUGUCAACACUUUGUCGACACCGGACAUCGACCACAGAACUUCAUCAGAGACGUCGGUCUGGCUGACAGGUUUGAAGAAUAUCCUAAACUCAGAGAGCUGAUCAGACUGAAGGACGAGCUGAUCUCAACCACCAACACUCCUCCCAUGUAUCUGCAGGCGGACCCAGAGCACUUUGACCUCCGUGACCUGAAGACUAAAUUUGACGUGAUCCUUCUGGAACCUCCGCUGGAGGAAUAUUACAGAGAGUCAGGAAUACCGCACACGGAACGCUACUGGAACUGGGACGAUAUAAUGAAGCUGGAAAUAGAGGAGAUAUCAGCCCUUCGUUCCUUCGUCUUCCUCUGGUGUGGAUCAGGAGAGGGACUGGACCUGGGGAGAAUGUGUCUCAGGAAGUGGGGAUUCAGGCGUUGUGAGGAUAUCUGUUGGAUCAAAACCAACAAGAACAACCCUGGAAAGACCAAAACCCUCGACCCCAAAGCUGUGUUUCAGAGAACCAAGGAACACUGUCUGAUGGGUAUUAAAGGAACAGUCCGUCGGUCUACAGACGGUGAUUUCAUCCACGCCAACGUGGAUAUCGACCUGAUUAUAACGGAGGAACCAGAGAUUGGGAACGUGGAGAAGCCGGUGGAGAUAUUCCAUAUUAUAGAACACUUCUGUCUGGGUCGACGUCGACUACACCUGUUCGGACGAGACUCUACCAUCAGACCAGGGUGGUUAACAGUGGGUCCGACUCUGACCAACAGUAACUUCAACUCAGAGUCUUACUCCUCCCACUUCUCAAUCACACAGUCUCACCUCUCAGGCUGUACGGAGGAGAUCGAGCGCCUGCGACCCAAGUCUCCUCCCUCCAAGCUGAAGUCGGACCGCGGAGGGGGGUCAUCCCGUGGGGGUCGCGGGGGCCCUAACGCCGGCCGGGGGGGGGACAGGGGCCGUGAGAGGAACAGGUCCUUUAGGGGGGACAGGGGAGGGUUCAGAGGGCGAGGGGGCCCCCACCGCGGGUUCACACCUCGCUAGGAGGGACGGACGGACGGACGGAUUAUACUGAGAGGUGGUCCGGACACUCGUUCCCCGUCCAGAAGAGUCCACUCCUUCUCUCCUAGUGAUUGGGGUUGGUGUGAGCACCUGGCCAUUCCUUUAAAUCCACCAGGGGGAGUGAACGAGCCACUCCCACCUCGCGCACACACACACACACACACACACACACACACACACACACACACACACACACACACACACACACACACUCCUCUCUAGAUGUUUGGAGUCUUCUGAUCCAUAUAUUGAUAAUAAACAUGUUUUUAUAAA